GAGUAUCAAACGAUUCUAUUCCCACUCAUGCAAGUUGCAAUACAGACGCCAAUCCUUUUAUUCCAAAGCAAUAUUAUCCGUUUGAAUAGUCCCGUCCCUUUUUCGUAAAUCCAAGAAACACCGAGGCCAUUUUCAGUAAUCCGCUUCGAAUAAAAAUCCAGCCGGAGAGAGAGACUCCUCAACUUCUCCAAAUGCGAGAUAGACUGAUGUUGGAAAUGAGGAGCGGUUGAGGGGGGAGAGAGAGAGAGAGAGCAAUCUCCCUGCAAUGGCAAACAGCACCACCAUCGGCACUGCAGCGAAGCGUAGCAAGGCCAGCAGCAAUCAGUCCGGGCAGGGGCAGGAACAGGAGGAAGAGCAGCCACUGCUGCCCGGGCUGCCCGACCACAUCGCCCAGCACUGCCUCUCUAAUGUCCCAGCACCUCUCCUCUACUCCGUUUGCCGCUCCUGGCGUCGCCUCCUCUACUCUCCUUCCUUCCCUCCUUUCCUCUCUCUCUACGCCCUUCUCUUUUCCACCUCACCCUCGACCCCUCUCGGCUUCUUCUCCUUCGAUCCCCUCUCCGCCACGUGGAUUCCCGUCCCCAACCCCCCUCCUAACCACCCCCCUCUCCCCCACCUCCUCCUCCGCCACCCCUCCUUUAUCUCCCGCCACCUCUCCAUCCAAUCCAUCUCCAUCUCCGGCCACCUCAUCCUCCUCGCCGCCACCACUCACCGUCUACUCCCCGCCCUCUCCCAUCCCUUCAUCUUCCACCCCGUCUCCAACCAGUGGCGCCUCGGCCCCCCAAUCCCCACUCCGCGCCGCUGGUGCGCCGCCGGCUCCGUCAGCGGCGCCGUCUACGUCGCCAGCGGCGUCGGCGCCGAUUACAGCGCGGACGUUGCCCGAUCCGCCCAGCGCUGGGACCUUAAGAAUCCGAGAUGGGAGAAGGUUGCGCCGCGCAAGGACGGAAAAUUCAGCCGGGAGGCGGUCGAUGCGGUCGGACUCAAGGGAAAGCUUUAUAUGGUGAAUGUGAAGGGGAAUGCUGCAAAGGAAGGCGCGGUCUACAACGUCGAGAGGGAUCGGUGGGAGGAGAUGCCAGAAGGGCUGCUUGCCGGGUGGACCGGACCGACAGCAGCCAUGGAUGAGGAGGUGAUCUACGUCGUCGACGAAGAAAACGGCGUCUUGAUGGAGUAUGAUCCGGACAUGGAUUGCUGGAAGGAGGUGAUUAAGUCGAAGAAUCUGAGAGGGGCAACGCAGAUAGCGGCAGGCGGGGGAAGGAUCUGUGCCAUUUGCACGGGGAGCGCUGGCAUCGCGGUUGUUGAUGUGGUCAAAAGACCAGCGAGAAUCUGGGUCGUUGAUCCACCACCCAUGACAGAGGUCAUCGCAAUCCAUGUGCUGCCGAGGAUGAGCAGUCCAGAAUCCUGACCGUCCAUCUUUGUUCUUAUCUUUUCUUUUUCCGAUUACCCACAGGCGCCAAAGGAAACCUUUUUUUUUUUUACUGUUUUUGAACAGUGUACAGGUUUCCAUUCCCAUUCUUACACUUUUUUAAGUACGACUUCUUUUUUGGAUUC